GGCAGCAGCGGGACGCGCACGCGGCGGAGACGUUACGCCUCGAUGUGUCACAGGGAGUCGGGGCGAGUCUUGACUGCAGCCAUCGUCGAGCAGCGACCAGGAUGCGCAUCAAUAUGAACGAUCUAUCGUUGACAAACGCGUGAGCGCCACCGACCCACGAGGCAAACCAAGUCACAUCUCAAAGAAGUGACGCGACGGACAGAGCUUUGCUUUGGACGCCGUUCCAGGCUUUUCUCCUCGAAUCCGUCCUCGCCGUCGCCGCCGCCGCCGCCAACCCAACAUGUCCGGCAAGGAGCGCAGCCCUCGCCAUCGGCCGUGGUCGGUCUACCGGGCCAACACGUUUGAUCUCUCGGCCGAGAUGAUGGGGCUGGCUCUCUCGGGCAACAGUCAGGAUCCGGACGAGCCUGUGCUGGAGUUCAGUGUGGCCUGCAGCGAGCUGGUCACGCCCUCUCUGGACCGCAAGCCAACCAGCUUCGUGGCCGUCAGCUGCACCACUCCGCCGCAGGCCUUCUGGACCAAGCACGCGCAGACCGAAAUCAUAGAGGGCACCAGUAACCCCAUCUUUCUGAGCAGCGUGGCCUUCUUUCAGGACUCUCUGAUCACUCAGCAGACUCAGGUCAAGCUCUCUGUCUACGAUGUGAAGGACCGCACGCAGGGCACGAUGUACAUGCUCCGUUCAGCCAUGUUUUCUGUGGAAGAGCUACUGCAGGACCAGCACCACAGACUGCACCUGACUCUCAGGUCGGCGGAGAGCAACCGCGUGGGGAACAUCACCGUCAUCGCCUGGCAGAUAGAGGAGAAGCGAGAGCAGAGAGCUCCUGUUGCAAGAUUACAGAGAGGAGACACGGUCAAUGGAAGGAUGGUUCUCCCUGUUGACGAAAGCCUGACUGAAUCCAUGGGCAUCAAAUCCAAGUCUUUGUCCCUGUGUAGAGACCCGUUGCUGAAGGCUGUGUUCGGGGGCGUCAUGUCUCGAAUGUACCGGCUCCCCACCACCGACGGCAACCACCUUCGCAUCCUGGAGCAGAUGGCGGAGAGCGUUCUCUCCCUGCAUGUUCCUCGCCAGUUUGUCAAGCUGCUGCUGGAGGAAGAUGCCGUCAGGGUGUGUGAGCUAGAGGAACUAGGAGAGCUGUCCCCAUGUUGGGAGAACCUCAGGAGGCAGAUCAUCACUCAGUAUCAGACCAUCAUCCUCACCUACCAGGAGACCAUAAGUGACCUGCACGAAUACAAAGGUCCUUCUUUUAAGUCCAGUACCUUGAAAGCUGAGAGGAAGUUGGAGUUUAUUCCCACUAAUCUGCACAUCCAGAGGAUACGAGUGCAGGGAGAGUCUGGCUACGACCGGACGUACGAUGUUGUGACUAUUGGUGCACCUGCAGCGCAUCAUCAAGGCUUUAAAGGCUGCGGCCUCCGGAAACUGCUGCAUCGGCUCGAAGAAGCCCGGAAACGCAAACACGAGGAGGAAAGCUCUGCUGCUGCCGGCUCUAAAGGAACGGCAUACCAGCCUCAGGAUGUGGUGAAAGCGAAAGAGAUCAUUGGUCAAAUAAACACUCUGAAGACACAAGUGUGUUACUACGCCGAACGUCUGUCGCGAGCCGCCAAGGAGCGCUCAGCCAACGCUCUGGAGAGAACGCUGGCCAUCCUGUCGGAGAAGACCCGUCAGUUGGUGAACGUGUGUGACUCCAAGCUGCUCUCCUCGGCCAUCCUCGCGCUGGCGUCCGCCCGCCCGGAGGCCACUCUGCAAGGCACCCCGUCCCCCUCCUCCUCCUCCCUUUCACCCUCCUCUUGCUCCCCGUCUCGCUCCCCCUCCCGCCAGCCGACCUCCCCCUCCCGCCACCCCGUCUCCCCGUCUCGCGGCUCCACCUCGCCGUUUCGCCACGCGGCUCCUCCGGAAGGCAGCGAAGGGAGUAAAAACAAGCGCUUCUCCUUGCAGGCGGAUUUACAUGAGGAUGACUGGGACAAAGUUUGGCUAAACGUGAACAAGAGCCUGGAGUGUGUGAUCCAGAGGGUGGACAGUCUGCUGCAGCGAGACAAGCUGCAGAGCGACAGCAGCUCGGAGGAUGUCUUCCUGCUCGCCAGCGAGGAAACGGGUAACACCAAGAAAGAUAUCGCUCCAGAGGUGGUGGAAAAAAAGUCUCCAGUGAUGUGCGGCGUGUCUGCAGGCGAGUGGAGCGACGCCCUGUACCCUCUCCUCACCACGCUGACGGACUGUGCCUCUCUGAUGAGCGACAAGGCCAAGAAGGCCAUGGUGUUUGUGCUGAUGCAGGACAGCGCCCCCACCAUCGCCACCAGCCUCCCGCUGCAGUACCGCCGCGACGUUGUCUUCUGUCAGACGCUGACGGCGCUGAUCUGCGGCUUCGUCAUCAAGCUGAGGAACUCUCUCUGUGACUCGGGCUUCCUCAGGCAGCUCCACACCAUCGGCCUGCUGGUGCAGUACGAGGGCCUGCUCAGCACUUACGGCGAGGAGCUGGCCAUGUUGGAGGAUAUGAGCGUCGGAGUGAUGGACCUGAGAAACGUCACAUUCAAAGUCACCCAGGCCGCUUCGGGCUUCGCUCCGGACAUGCUGCCGGUGAUCACGGGAAACCGCAACGGCUUCAACGUCAGGGUUCCCAUGUCCGGGCCGAUGUUCGACACGCUGCCGCGAGACAUCCAGAACGGGAUGCUGCUGCGCGUGCAGCCCGUCCUCUUCAACGUGGGGAUCAACGAGCAGCAGACGCUGGCUGAGAAGUUUGGAGACACGUCACUACAAGACGUGAUCAACAAGGAGAACGUGACUCGCCUCAGCUUGUACUACGACCAAUUUAAAGAGGUCCUGUCAGAGGACUGUCUGCCCCGCUCUCGCAGUACCACCAAUCUGCCCGAGCUGCUCAAACAACUCAGCCAGAACGUGAACGCCAAGAAAAGCAAGAACGUGGAGAUUUUGUGGCAAGCAGCCGAGGUGUGCCGCCGCCUGAACGGGGUGCGUUUCACCAGCUGUAAAAGCGCCAAGGACCGCACAGCCAUGUCUGUGACGCUGGAGCAGUGUCAGAUCCUGCAGCAGGAGCACGCCCUCGCCCCGCAGGUCUUCUACCAGGCCCUGGACUGCAUGCGCAGUGAGGGCUGUAGGAGAGAGAACACCAUGAAGAACGUGGGCUGUCGUAAAUACGCCUUCAACUCCCUGCAGCUCAAAGCCUUCCCCAAACAGUAUCGCCCUCCAGAGGGCACCUACGGGAAGGUUGAGACCUAAGAGGACUCUUCUCACUGGUUGGGGAAAAAAAAAGAAAAAAGACUGAGGAGGAUAACGAUGAGAGCAACCACGCAAACCCAAAUACCGAACACCAACCGGAGCAGCAGCCCCUCGUUUUGUGAUUAGUCACCGUUAAGAUGAUAAAUGUCCACGUUCCAGUGCUACUGUAGAUUGAUUGAUAGUGGUCUCCCCUCUCCUCCAGUAGUGAUCACACACACACCUCUCACAGCCGUUGCAUCGUAGCAGUGUGCAGAGCACUGUGUUGGCUGCUGCACCGGUCGUAGCAUCAGGAAGCAUUUAUUUUAUGGUCCUCACUGCUGUUAUUUGGUCCGUUCAUCAGUAAUUCAGAGGAUGAGGCUGUCGAUAUUCUGCAUUUUUCCAAUGAAUUGAUCCAGCUGGCGGCUGACACAGCUUGUUUCCUGAUUGCCCAGAAGCUGAUUCCUGCUGUAACAUUUGAUUUAACGAGAGAGUAAACUACAUCUGUUUCUGUUUUCUUUGUGUUUAGGAGGUAUAAAUGGGCCACAUUCAGGGUAAGAAAGUAGUGGAGCUGUUUUUAGAAACACAAAAAUUGCAUUGUUGGUUUUGGUCAAUGGGAAAAACCAACAAUGGGAUUUAUUGAGAUAAAUAAAGAAUAAUACCACUUUUCUUCUUUAAAGGUACAAGUAAAUUGAGAUUGUGUGAAUUGAAAAGUUGAGAGCCCAUGACAAGACAAGAGGUGACAAAUUUAGGAAAAUCUAAAUUUAGCGAGUGAUUGUCUAGUUAUUGCAAAUGUCUUGAGAUUGUGUUUGUAAGGAAAAUGCCACUUGAAGCUACAUGAGAAGAUGCCUGGCGGGGCUUUGAUUAGACCUUUAGGUUUCUUAAAACCGAUGUCUUUGCCUGUUAACAAAUUACGAAAGUACUUAUUUACGUUGCACUGUGUCUCCUUCUUGUCUUUCUUCUUCAAUCACACUAUUAUCCAACUCUAUCACUCUCUAGAAAGACACAGCUCUUCUUCAGAAAAUACACAUGUCACACCACUUCCUGGCAUUUGUAUCACAAUGAUGUGACUUCUGAGGUUCUUCUGCCGCUUCGCCGGCAGCGUCAAUGGGAACUUGUUCACAAAUUGUCGGCAUCAAAUGUGGUGCAUCACAUUACUCUACGAACAUUUCUAGACAUUUAAGCCGUAUUAAGGUUAAAUGCAGCACUAGCAGUUGGUUUUCCCUUCAAACUUUAAGCCUCUUUUAACUAUUUAUUACAGUGUGUGUUCUCAAUUUUGCAGCACUCAGUUGAAUUAUGCAGAAUUUGUAUGUCUUUAUGACAUUGGAUGAAAACUUAGAGUAAUAAUUUUACCUGCAUGAAGAAAAAACUAUUCUACUAUUUUAUUUUAUUUCAUUGCGAUUGUAGACUGUUUAUUACCAAUGAAUUACUCAUGAAUACUUGAAAGAUGCGUUUUUCUCCCACCACCAGUUUAACACUUGAUGUACUUAAUUGUAUAAAACAUAUAAGAACAGUGGAUUUUAUUUUCUUACAGUUAUUCAUGUCCGGCUGUUGUUGCCAAAUGCUAUUUGAGUUUUCUCCGUUGUUAUUGAGGCAGAAGGAGCCUUGAUUUGAUCGGUUGUACAUGCACACGGGUCGGACCUGCAAGUUUUUGGAGAGGCCUGCACCCCCACAGAGGUAUAAAGUGAAUACUGAAUAAAGGCUUGUCCAUGCCA